AUGAGUUUACUUGGGAUAGAUCUUACGGCCCCAGGUACACCAUAUAAAGAAUUCGUUCUUGUUUUUUCUUGGGCUGUUUAUAUUUUUGAGCAGUAUUUGAGCAUUCGACAAUAUUAUAAACUUCAAGAACCAAAUCCACCAAAAUCAUUACAAGAUAUUGAAGAUGUUCGCAAAGAUUUUAAAAAAACUCAAGCUUAUGGUAUAGAUAAAGCCAAGUAUGGCUUCGUAUCGGCUUUGUUUGGCCAGGUACAAAGUACAAUUAUAAUUGUGUGGGAUAUUCUUCCUUGGCUUUGGGAUCUUUCUGGAAAGUGGUUGGAACAUGCUGGGUACGGGACGGAUUAUGAGAUAAUACAAUCCUUGAUUUUUACUGUUAAUAUGACCCUCAUGUCAUAUUUUUUAUCUCUUCCUUUAAGUUUCUAUUACACUUUUGUAAUAGAGGAACGUCAUGGUUUCAAUAAAAUGACUUUGGGCUUAUUUUUCAUGGAUAUGCUAAAAGGAUUUUUAAUUGCUGGGGUCAUUGGACUUCCGAUCUUAGCUUCAAUCUUACAGAUUAUUAGGUUGUCUGGAGAUAACUUUUAUUUUUACGUCUGGAUUUUCAUGAUAAUUUUUAAUUUAGUGUUGCUUACUAUUUACCCUACGCUCAUUCAACCUCUUUUUAACAAAGUUGAACCUCUUGAAAAGGGUGAACUUCGUGAGCGAAUCGAGGAAUUGGCUUCUCGUAUUAAAUUUCCACUUAAAAAAUUAUAUGUGAUUGAUGGUAGCAAGAGAUCUAGUCAUUCUAAUGCCUAUUUUUACGGUUUUUUUAAAAAUAAGCGAAUUGUACUUUAUGAUACUUUAAUUGAGCAGGCUGAUACUGGUGAAAUAUUGGCUAUUGUUGGUCAUGAAUUGGGUCAUUGGUACCUUAAUCAUACUGUUAAGGUUCUUGUACUCUCACAAGUUCACAACCUUUUUCUCUUUUACGUGUUUUCUCAAUUUAUACACAAUUCUGAGCUAUACAGCUCAUUCGGGUUUACUUCUCAACCAACUUUGAUUGGAUUUAUAUUAUUUCAAUUCAUCUAUUCUCCUAUUGAAAACUUAUUUACAUUCUUGAUGAACAUCAAAAGCCGACAACAUGAAUUUGAAGCCGGCUACGGAGCGCAACUUCGCUCAGGUCUCUUAAAAAUUCAACUUAAAAAUUUGAGUAAUCUAAAUAAUGAUAAAUGGUAUUCUUCAUAUCAUUUUUCACAUCCACCUCUUCCGGAGAGAUUAAGUGCAUUGGAAAAAAUUGAUUAA